AUGGAAGUUAAUUCUUCAGAGAGGCAACUUCCAGAUCCGACUGAUUACUACACGUAUCGAAAGAUAUGUGGUCUUUCCUUAAAUUUCGUGCCUUCUCUCAACAAAACUUUCAUCAACCAUUGGGAAGUUAAUCCAGGAUUACCAAUAUAUGUAUUAACAGUGAUGAUUACAUCAUUUUUAGCAUUUGCCUCAAUUGUUGUACCAUCUUUGAAGCUCAAAUGGUAUUUCGUUAUCUUAUUGACCGUAAUUUUUUCGCUCUUUUUGAUUUCAUAUAUUAACACAAUAUUAGAGGGACCAGGAUACUUACCUUUUUACUAUCCACUUAAGCCAAACACAGAAAAAGAUAAACAAUUUGAUUUUUUAAGCGGCAUCGUUACAAAUGACUCACAGCUUAAGAUUAUCGAUAAGAAGAAACUUCCGAAAAGAGUACACUAUUUCAAAACAGCCAAAAGAAUCGUCUUACGACCAGAUCAUUACUGUGAUUGGGUAGCAUCGUUUGUCGGGAAGAAAAACUACAAACUGUUCUAUCUGUUUAAUUUCUACGGGUUUAUCUACAUAGCAUUGUUUUUCAUUUCAUUAAUUUUCGUUAUUAAGAAAGAUAUUGACCAAAAUGCGUUUCCUUUAUCGCAUUAUAUAUUAAUUUUGUAUGUAGCUCAAGCUCUUUUCUUUACAAUGUUUACGAUGGCUUUUUUAUGCGGAAGUACUUUUGAAAUUUCAAAAAACAUCACAGACUUCGAAAACCUGGCCGAUAUCGCCGUAGAUUGGGAUAACUCCAGUUGUUUAAGCAAUUGGGAAGAAAUUUUUGGAUCAAUAUCAAAAUGGUAUACGUGGCCUAUACCAUUUGGUGCUUUUCAUAACAUGGAUAGCUAUGAGUUAGUUGAAUGGCCUCAGGAAAUUGCCGAAAUUUAA